AUGGCGGAUAGACCACCUACAAGUGCUGGCCCCGGCGCAUCGCGACCACGGAGCACCCGUCGCCCCCGUACAGGCGCCUCUCGUCCGGCUACAUCACGCCCAGACACCUCGGCAAGCGGUAUCACGGCGGACGAGCUGCCGGACCAGCAAUUUUUUCCGGAGGAUGAUGGGUUUGACGAGGAGGAAGAGGAUUAUGAGGAUGAGGAGCCAGAGGAGGAAGGCGUAUUUGCGUUCGCGCGGCCUCAGACGGGCGCGGUACCCAGGGCAAACCUCAGCGGGUCAGAAUACGGUACUUCUGCCCCAGGUACUGCCACGACGCACUUUACAUCCAACCCACCUCUCACCGCCGAUUCGCGCUUCACCGGAGAAGCAUCGGGAGCGGGUCCAAGCAGCGUCAAGACCCCGGCGGACCUGUCAGCCGGUAACGUUGACGCGGGCGGCCGACUACCGGAGUUGAGGUACGACUAUGAGACCAUCUUUUCCGGCAAAAACAACCUCAACAAUUCGGCUCGGGGCUUCAGUCGUGGGUCGUACGGGAUGACCGAGAUGACGGGGGACAUGACCAUUCCGGAUGGCAAAGUGACGUGGGGAGAUGGGUCAGGAGGCGCCAUGAAGGAUAUCAGCGAGCAGGGAGAGGAUAUACCAGUUUCUGCGUAUGAUCUGUCCGAGGAGGAUAGCCCGUAUCCGGAAGUCAGGGCGUCAGUAAGCAAUUUGGACGAUGUGGAAAUGCCUUCCUUGACAUUCCGGGCUUGGUUUUUAGGGCUACUCUUUGCGAUUCUUGGCGCGGCCAUCAACACGUUCUUCUACUUUCGAACACCGUCUCCAUACAUUGCGCCUCUCAUCGUACAAGUGAUCGCCUAUCCUGCUGGCAAGAUGGCUGCCUGGUGCCUACCUAUCCGCGUAUUCCACAAUCCACGCUGGCUCGGCGGUGCGGCUUGGUCGUUCAAUCCCGGUCCAUUCAACAUCAAGGAACACGCCAUCAUCACCAUGAUGUCCAGCGUGGCAGUCGGUCCCGCCUAUGGCCUCUGGGUCGUCGUCUCCUCUGAGCUGUACUACAUGCGCCCCUUCGGUAUCGGCUUCAACAUCCUCUUCCUCUUCACCACCCAGGUCACCGGUUUCGCCUUUGCGGGUCUAUGUCGGCGGUUCGUCGUAUGGCCGGCGAGCAUGAUCUGGCCAGGAGUGCUGGUCAUCUCGACCAACUUGAACACGCUUCACGCCGAAGAGGAGGGUUUCCAGGGGUCGAUGAGCAGGUUCAGGUUCUUGAUGUACGCUGGAGCGGGGGCUUUCAUGUGGUACUUUCUUCCAGGCUACCUCUUUACCGCCCUCUCCUACUUUUCGUGGGUCUGCUGGAUCGCACCUGCCAACCCAACCAUCAACAACCUUUUCGGCGUCAACACGGGUCUCGGGAUGGGCAUCCUCACAUUCGACUGGUCCCAAAUCGCCUGGAUCGGCUCGCCGCUGGUCAUUCCCUGGUGGGCGAUUGUCAAUGUGGGGAUUGGGUUCGUGCUGUGCUACUGGAUCAUCGUGCCUGUUCUCUACUUUACCAAUGUCUGGGAGUUUGCAUACAUGCCCAUCAGCGCCAUCCAAGUCAUCGACCGCUUCAGCACACCCUUUAAUGUUGGCAACAUUAUCAAUUUCGACGACUUUACCCUCAACACCACCGCAUAUGCAGAGUACUCGCCACCGUACCUCUCGGCCGCAUUCAGCAUGACAUUCAUGCUGGCCUUUGCGCUCACGUCGGCCCUCGUCGUGCAUACCGCCCUCCAUCACGGUCCGCGUAUGUACCGGACGAUGAUCAACGUCAAGACCGAGGCGGACGAUAUCCACGCCAAGCUCAUGAAGCAAUAUCCCGAGGUACCGGACUGGUGGUUCCUCGUCCUUCUCGCGGUGUUUGGGAUCGUCUUUGGAAUCGUCGCGAUCGAGGUGUACCAUACGGGUCUACCAGUCUGGGGAUACUUCUUGUCCAUCCUCAUCCCGGCCAUCUAUAUCCUCCCCGCCGCCUUCAUCUUUGCCAUGACCAACCAGCUCGUCGCCAUCAACCUCAUCGCCGAGUUGAUACCGGGGUAUCUUUUCCCGGGGAAACCUAUUCCGUGCAUGCUGUUCAAGUGCUUCUCGAUGCAGACGGUCUCUGAGGCUGUCACAUUCACUCAAAACAUGAAGCUCGGUCAUUACAUGAAGGUUCCACCCCGGUCUACCUUUGUCGCCCAGACGACUGCCAUGGUCGUCUCGUGCCUCGUCCAGAUCGGUACCAAGAACGUCCUCUUUGCCGUCGUGCCCGACAUGUGCGCCUCCAACCAGAAGGACCUCUUGACAUGUAACAGCACCAAGGUAUUCUUCACUAGCAGCAUCAUCUGGGGUCUAAUUGGGCCCGCUCGUCUCUUUUCCCGAGGCGCAAUGUACGGUCCCCAAGUCUGGGCGGUACUCGUCGGCGCCGUCCUCCCUAUCCCUCUCUGGUACUGGGUCCGCCGCCACCCCCGCUCCAUCUUCCGCAAUCUCAACCUCCCCGUCUUGUUCAAUGGUCCCCUCGGUAUCCCACCGGCAACAGGUAUCAACUAUGCCAGCUGGCUGGUCACGGGCUUUGUAUUCCAGUUCUGGCUCAGGCGGCAGAGAUUCGCAUGGUGGUCCAAGUACAACUAUGUCCUCUCUGCUGCUCUCGACGUUGGGACUGCCCUCUCCGGAUUAUUCAUCUUCCUCAUCCUCCGCCUACCCAAUCUCAAUAUCAAUUGGUGGGGUACCGAAGUCCAUAUAGCCACUGGUGAUUGGACUGGUAUCCCGUAUCUUACCGCGCCCGACGAGGGUUUCGGGCCAACGAGCUGGACGACCUGA